CGUCGACCAGGCUUUCAACAGGAGCCGCCAAUAACAGGCUUUGUGAGUAGAACAUGUGUGUGUUGUCGAGGUUAUUGUUUUGUUGUUGUUGUUGUUUUAGGCCUAUGCCAUGCCACGUGAUUUGGAUGUUAUAUCAAUAAUACAUUACAUCCGUUGUCGGGAAGGGACAGGAAAGUGGCGUCUGAUGGGGUAUAGAACUACGUAAAAGUGGGGGGGGGGGGGUUUGAUCUAAUACGCUUACGUGUUCAUUAAUGUGUGAGCCAAUGAGGCACAAGACUUUUACCGGUUAGUCAAAAGGAUACACUGUCGAGUGAGUUGGGUGGAGCUAUGGCUCUGGUACAGGUUGACCCACAUACCAAUCGUAGGACUAAAAAUUUCGGACCAUUAAAUACCGGUAACUUUACACCAGCUUGUUAACUCCACUUAAAGACGUGGCUUUAACUCUUCAGUACUCAGAACAAUGAGGUUCUUAGAGGAAUUAAAUACAAAAUAUUGAUGCGUCAAAAACUAAAAAUGUGUGAGGACAAUGUCUGUCUAAGAAAAAAGAACAACCACAGGUUGAGAGUGGAUACAUCCGUGAAACGCUGGAAAUUACUGCCAUGGUAUACGCACCAUUGGGAAUCUUACAGGAACAGCGCGCACAAGCAUUUUAACAUCGCACACACAUAUUUUAACAGAACACACACACAUUUUAACAGAGCACACACAUAUUUUAACAGAACACACACACAUUUUAACAGAGCACACACAUAUUUUAACAUAGCACACAAACAUUUUAACAGAACACACACACACACAUUUUAACAGAGCACACAAACAUUUUAAAAUUGUGUACAUAUAUUUCACUGAACGGACUUGAAAUCUGGCCUGGUGUUUAGCAGCACUGGUUACGUAAGACGUGAGAAAUAACCAACGUGACAUAGUGCAAUGUAUCUUUAUUUUUAUUUUUCAAUGUUUUACUUUGCUUGGUUUGUACAGGAAACUCUCUGAGCUUAAAAUGUGAUUAUUAAAAGUUGAACAGUUCCAUGUCUCAUUUAGAUCACCACUCCACCAAAUGUUAAUAAUUUGGCGGUACCUUUCUCUAGAAUCCCAAAUUUGCCUCCGAUCUGGACCUGGACGGGAGCGGAAGUGGUGAAGACAGCGGUGACGGCGGUGCGAGUGGAAACAAUGGCGGAAACAGUGGCGGAAACAGUGGCAGUGGUAGCGGCGGAGAUGGUGGCGGGGAAUGCCUGCCAGGGGGCGACGUGGAUGCCGAGGAAGAUGACUCCUGGGGUGAGCCGGAAGACUUGAGUGACGACCCUGGUGUGAAUUUUACGCUGGACUACGACAACUUCGCCACAAUCUCGCUUCCUGACUUCUCGUUGUCUCUCGGCUUCAGGGCGCCGAAUUUUGGAAAAGUUAACGGGAACCAAGUCUCGGGAAUGUUCGUAGAGUACACGGGUGACCCAAGUGAGUAGACCCGGGGUUCGUGUCAUACGAUAUUCCCUGUAGUUUGUGGUGACCCAAGUGAGUAGACCCGGGCUUCGUGUCAUAUGAUAUUACCUGUAGUUUGUGGUGACCCAAGUGAGUAGACCCGGGCUUCGUGUCAGAUGGUAUUCCCUGGAGUUUGUGGUGACCCAAGUGAGUAGACCCGGGCUUCGUGUCAUAUGAUAUUACCUGCAGUUUGUGGUGAUUAAGUGAGUAGACCCGGUCCUCGUGUCAUAAUGAUAUCACCUGUAGUUUGUUGUUGGUCUGAUGAAGUUUUCAUCUGGCGCUGUUUAAAUGGCGUAGCUAGGGUAAGUGCCCCCUAGUACGGACCACGGUUUUUUCUUCUGCCCCGUUCCACGACAAAGCGUUGCAGUUGGCCGAAAAUGGAAAAAGUGCACCACGGGUGGGACCUCCCCCCCCCCCCAAGUUUAUUGGAAUCUGAGAAAAGUCAAUUGUUUUGCAGUAUUGUAAAUUUAUAUAAAAUUAUUUAUUUAUUUUUCAAAUGAAACUUACAUUUUUUAAUUUUAAAAUNCCCAAGUGAGUAGACCCGGUCCUCGUGUCAUAAUGAUUAUGACCUGCAGUUUGUGGUGACCCAAGUGAGUAGACCCGGUCCUAGUGUCAUAAUGAUAUGACCUGUAGUUUGUUGUUGGUCUGAUGAAGUUUUCAUUUGGCGCUGUCUAAAUGGCGUAGCUAGGGUAAGUGCCGCCUAGGACGGACCACGGAUUUUUCUUCUGCCCCGUUCCACGACAAAGCGUUGCAGUUGGCCGAAAAUGGAAAAAGUGCCCCACGGGUCAGACCCGCCCCCCCCCCCCGCAGUCUUUUCCAAUCUAAGAAUAAAUGGUUUUAUUAUGUUGGAUUAUUUUUUAGCAAAUUUAAAUCGAUUACUUUUAAUAGGUGAUUGAUCGAAAUUGGACUGAUCUUGUUUAUUAUCCGUAGAAAUUGCCUAAACUUAUUUGUAAAGUAGAUAUCGAUGUUUAAUUAAAGAAUAUGAUUUUUUUUUUUAAAUAUGUUUACUAGUUUUGAAAGCAAGGCCGAGUUACUAUUUUAAAGACAACAUGUAUUAAUAGUCUUUUGAACAUCCCCCCCCUUUCCCCAACCCCCCCUACUUUUACCAUUCGCUUCUUCAAAGAUUUAAAAGUAGUAAGUUUAUUGGAAUAUAAGAGUAGUCAAUUGUUUUGCAGUAUUGUAAAUUUAUAUAAAAUUAUGUAUUUAUUUUUCAAAUGAAACUUUUAUUUUUUUAAUUUUAAAAUAAUGCUGAAGACCAGGUAUUCUUCUUCUUCUUCUAUAUCUUAAGGGCCCACGAUCAAUUUAUUGAUCAUUUUGGCUCCUAUUUCUACCAACCGUUUGAGUAUUCAAUCUUCUUAACGUUUAACAGUCAACCCAAUUGUUUACCCAGGCCAAUUUCUCCUGACCAGGCCGGAGACGUACGCUGCCGGAGAUCUGUCUGGCCAGAACGACAACAUUAGCAACGACAAGUUUCUAGACAAAGCCAUGAUCUAUGCAGCCAAACAGCCAUCGUGAGUUGUUUUUUGUUGUUGUUGUUUUUUUAAAAUGAUGUUUAGCCAGUCUGUGAUGCCAGCAACCCCAUGAUGUUUAGCCAGUCUGUGAUGCCAGCAACCCCAUGAUGUUAAGCCAGUCUGUGAUGCCAGUAACCCCAUGAUGUUUAGCCAGUCUGUGAUGCCAGCAACCCCAUGAUGUUUAGCCAGUCUGUGAUGCCAGCAACCCCAUGAUGUUUAGCCAGUCUGUGAUGCCAGUAACCCCAUGAUGUUUAGCCAAUCUGUGAUGCCAGCAACCCCAUGAUGUUAAGCCAGUCUGUGAUGCCAGCAACCCCAUGAUGUUUAGCCAGUCUGUGAUGCCAGCAACCCCAUGAUGUUUAGCCAGUCUGUGAUGCCAGCAACCCCAACUACAAAUCGGUCAGACACUACGGUCGUUCCCCAUGAUGUUUAGCCAGUCUGUGAUGCCAGCAACCCCAUGAUGUUUAGCCAGUCUGUGAUGCCAGCAACCCCAUGAUGUUUAGCCAGUCUGUGAUCCCAGUAACCCCAUGAUGUUUAGCCAGUCUGUGAUCCCAGUAACCCCAUGAUGUUUAGCCAGUCUGUGAUCCCAGUAACCCCAUGAUGUUUAGCCAGUCUGUGAUCCCAGCAACCCCAUGAUGUUUAGCCAGUCUGUGAUCCCAGUAACCCCAUGAUGUUUAGCCAGUCUGUGAUCCCAGUAACCCCAUGAUGUUUAGCCAGUAUGUGAUCCCAGUAACCCCAUGAUGUUUAGCCAGUCUAUGAUCCCAGUAACCCCAUGAUGUUUAGCCAGUCUGUGAUCCCAGUAACCCCAUGAUGUUUAAACAAAUAACCUUUUUUUUUUUUUUUUUUUCUUUACACCACCCCUCUCUUUUUUUUGUUUCCAAUCCCUGAUUUGAAAGAUGUAACUGGCAGACACAUAAAUUAUCAUCCAUUUCUCACCACAAUACAAUUUUUUUUAAAAUCUGUGCCCUGUUUUAUCUUGUCGUUAGAUUAGAUGUGCCCCGGUGCUUGCAGCCCUUUCUUUUUAAAAAAAUACUUUUGCGCCAAUUUAAUUUUUUUUUUUUUAUGAUAACUUUUUUUUUUAAAUUAAUGUUACCAGGCUCUGAUCAGAUUAAUAACAAAAGAGAACCCGAAUUUAUAAAGGAAUUUAUUUAGAGCAAUUAUCAGUGAUCCAAGAAAACUGUUGUAAAGGGUGCUUGUAAGGAAUUUCAUUUUGUAUAAUAAUAUUUCAGACAUUCUUUCUGCUUUUAAAAUAAAAUUUGUUUUUUUAAUGAUAUGAAAAACUUCAAUCCUCUUAAUAAAACAGAAUAGUCCUUCAAAUGUCGAUGUGUUUAGAGAUGUUGCACAGAAUAGUCCUUCAAAUGUCGAUGUGUUUAGAGAUUUCCACAGAAUAGUCCUUCAAAUGUCAAUGUGUUUAGAGAUGUUGCACAGAAUAGUCCUUCAAAUGUCGAUGUGUUUAGAGAUGUUGCACAGAAUAGUCCUUCAAAUGUCGAUGUGUUUAGAGAUUUCCACAGAAUAGUCCUUCCAAUGUCGAUGUGUUUAGAGAUGUUCCACUUUAAAUGUCGAUGUGUUUAGAGAUGUUCCACAUAAUAGUCCUUCAAAUGUCGAUGUGUUUAGGGAUGUUCCACUUCAAAUGUCGAUGUUUUUAGAGAUGUUCCACAGAAUAGUCCUUCAAAUGUCGAUGUGUUUAGAGAUGUUCCACAGAAUAGUCCUUCAAAUGUCGAUUUGUUUAGAGAUGGUCCACUGAUGUUCCACUUCAAAUGUCGAUGUUUUUAGAGAUGUUCCACAGAAUAGUCCUUCAAAUGUCGAUGUGUUUAGAGAUGUUCCACAGAAUAGUCCUUCAAAUGUCGAUUUGUUUAGAGAUGGUCCACUUCAAAUGUCGAUGUGUUUAGAGAUGUUCCCCGUGCAAACACUCACUGCCGGCUACACACAGGAGUAAGAAAAGGGGGGGGGGGGGUCCGCCUUAGGCGGGACUGUACAGGGGCGGCGUUUCGAUCCAUUUCAUCUACUUUGAACAGCGUAUUUUGAAUGUGUACUAUGUAUUCAUAGUGUGGCUUUUUUUAAAUUAGGGGCGGCAAAGCCAGUCCCCCCUCCCCCGGGCGUCACUAACUCUAGCUACUCCACUUUCAAAUUGACAUUGGUUGGUUUUUUUUGGUUUUUUUUUAUUGAUCCGUUGUUGUUCAUUCUAACUUUACAUUUUUAAUCAGUUUAGAAAGUGAGACUUUCUUUAUAUUGAUAAAAAAAUUGUUCCACCAUUUCAGAACUCCGCUUGGCAAAAUGUGCACGGCAACUGCCUGCAUCUACAGAGCCACUUGUGACACGCCCUCUCUCCGCGUGAAAGCUGUUAGAGAGUGUAUGUUUUUAAUGAAGAGCAGCAAUCUGAUAGAGUGUAUGGAUCCAGUGUAUUCUUAUACAGGUGAGGCCUGAACGAAGUCCAGGGUUUAAUAUUGGACGAGAAAUGUCACAUAAGAACAAUGGCGUGAUGAUUGUCAUGGGUUUAUACAGUAUGUGAUUAUUGUCACAACUACAGAUAGUUGUGCUUUAGGGAUCUUUAACCUGCAGUCAUGUAGAUUCGUAACCUAGUCCAGGGACGUAGACCAAAGGAAAGGGUUAGCAAAUGUUUUGAUUGCUGCCGGUGAAAGUAUAAGGUGUUUUUAAAAACAUAAUUGUCAUCAGUUGGUGGCCACAGUUAGAGAGGCAGUAAAUCUUGUGAGCCAAGCACACACACACACAACAACAACACCAACACAACUUACUAUCGGUAUCAUAUCCCCCCUCCCCCCACUCAUUAAGUGUAUAUGUUCCCCCCCAGGUGAGCCCACGACAUUCAACAGUUUAAAUGCCUUCAAGCUGUGCCUGUGGAACACUUGCAACCCUUCCAGGUCGGUGUGCACGCUCUACAAGUCUCAUUUCAAGCCCGCCUGCCUCAAGUUGGCGCCCACAGCCAUUCAAAAUUUGAACUGUUUGAACCCCUAAGCUGCGCUCUUUAACACAUCAGUGCACAGCCAAUCGUAGACAAUAAACACG